AUGCCGCAGCGUCUGGAGCAGUUGGGCCAGCACACGUACGCGGCCACCCUGCUGAACCAGAAGGACAUGGACGGCAUCCUCAAGAAGCUGGCCGACUGCAAGGUGAUGCUGGAGAAGCUGCAGGCGCGCAAGGCCCACCUGGAGGAGUCGGAGGAGGACGCCGUCAAGGGCACGCAGGACACCUCCCUCAUCUGCAUCACUUGCGGCCGCCUCGUCUCCAUCCGCACCGCCCUCAAGCACUUCGAGGCCUGCUCCAGCAAGGUCAUCUGUCCGGAGCACUUCAAGGAGGCCGUGGAUGAGCACGAGGUGUGCGGCUACCCGCUAAGCGACGAGGACGCCGACGGGGAGCGGCGCUUCUGCUCGUUAUUUAAAAAGAACUGCCCCAAACAUCCCUCCUGGGAGCGCAUCAAGAAGGCCGAGAUCGGUCGGGAGACGCUGCGCACUUGGAUUAAAAUGGUUGAGCUGGUAGAGCAGGAGUGGAUUAUCAUGGUGGCCAUUCAGUCGCGCGGCGGCAUCUUCCACUGCAUGGGCAACAACACGCUGCCCGUCCGCGGGCCGCACCCCGCCCCGGCCGCCGGCCCCCUGCCCCUGGAGCGGGGGGAGGGGCCGCGCGAGCGCAAGGCCUCCAAGGGCCCCAACAGCCCCGGCAAGGGCGCCAAGACCGCCACCUGA